GUUCUGCAGCCACCCGAUUGGAUAAGCCGUGGCGUCGGAGUUAUUCGCAAUGCGUUAAGCCCGCAUACAGUCGUGCACCGCAUAGCGAAAUGAAAGUCCGAGUCGAACACCAGAAUGACUUUGGCACUCCGGAGCGGGUUCGGCCGGGUUUAUGCUCUCUCUCCGCAUCGUUCAGUUCUUAGGAUGUCUUCAAAAGCCACCGGAUUGGUGUUUUUUCUCAUGGCCACAAUCGAAUAGUUUACGUCCCUUCUCCUGCGAUUCACUCACUACUCAUUCACUAUGUCCACAUCCGGCCCCUGCACCGAAUUUCCAGCCCCCGGUCUUCGAAACCCGAACCGGUACAUCACUGGACACAACGAAAAGGGGGAAUCUGUGUUUCUACACUCGGACCAUGGAGACCACCACUCUGUCAUGCUUGGCGGUGCCGCCGUGCAGAAUAUCUUGUAUAGCAGCGGCAGAAAUCCAAUCCAGCUAAACGGCAAUGCGGAUCUCGAGUAUAUCAAGAAGAAUCCCUCUCUGCACAUCCCUCAUGGCGUCGUGGUGCGCAUGAUCGACUUCGCGCCCGGAACCGAGUCUGAGUUCCACCGGUCGAUCUGCAUCGUCUUCGGAACCGUGUGCGAAGGCGAGCUCGAGUACUCGCUCGACGGCGGCGAGUCGCGGCGCAUGCGCCCCGGCGACGUGUCGGUCAACCGCGCCACCAUGCACAAGUGGCGCAACGUGUCGUCCGACAAGCCCGCGCGCAUCCUCUACUUCCUGCUUGACGUCGAGCCCGUCGUCGUCAAUGGCAAGACGCUCGAGUUUGAGGUCGGCGCCCUAAUGGACGAGUAUGCCCAGUACGAUGGGAAGAAGUAAUCUUCGGGAUGAAGCAGUAGACUGGUUAUAAUGGUUUGGAGCGGGCAGGUGUUGAGUUAUGAGACAUGGAAAGAAUAUAAACCGUCCAAUAACAGCCAUCUAUAAGGAAAUUCAUAAGAUCUAUCGUAAAGUGCAAAAGGAAUGU